ACGAUACGAGUGGUUCCCCACCUCUCCACCCCUCCACAGAUGAUAAAGAUGCUGCGAUCAAUCACCGGCCGCGAGCAUUCUUGGCUUGGAGACAACACACGAACAGAAGGACCUUCUGUCACCAAGCUAACGGUAGCGCCCGUGAUGCGGCGAUCAGUGACCCGAAGCCCCUCUUCCCUAGGGACGGCAUUGCUCGGUGAAGCCCCCGGAAGCUUUUACCCGGCUUCCGAAUACAUGAGUAGCAACGUUAGAUCAACUACGCAUAUCAAUACUCUGUAAACCUCGAAACCUGUUCUUUCCUGCUGAACCGCAUUACUACCAGAAAGCGUGUAAAUAAGAUGACGUCCAUUGAUCAGCCACUGAACAGCAAGAUACUGCUCAUUACAGGAGGCGCAUCAGGAAUCGGUCUCUGUGUGACGAAGCAAGCGCAUGAUCUCGGCGCGCGCGUUCUUGUUGCGGAUCUCAGAACAACACCCGACUUCGAUACCUUCGCCGCGAACAAGUCAAACAUACUCUAUGUGCAGUCUGACGUGACGCGAUGGGCAGACUUCGACAAGAUCUUUAAUGCGUGCGAAAAAGAAUGGAACGACGUUCCUGAUGGGUACGCCAUCUGCGCGGGACUGUUCGAUCCGCCGUUCUCCAACUUCUGGCAAGACCCAGAAGAGGAAGGGUACAAGCAGGUCGAGGUCAAUGUGAAUCAUCCUAUCAAGUUGACAAGGCUCGCUAUCAGAAAAAGCUUAGGGAAGGGGAAGAGGGCCAGUGUUUGCAUCAUCGCAUCGGUUGCCGGGUUAUCAGGAAACAUGGCAGCACCACUCUAUUGUGCAACAAAACACGCUGUGGUCGGAUUUGUCAAGUCUAUGGGAGCGACAGAAGCGCUCACUGGUGUGAAGAUUACGACACUUUGUCCUGGCGCCGUCUAUACGCCGAUGAUGGAUGAAGCAAAGCGCAAACAAUAUUCCGUGACUACCGACACGGCAUUGACGCCAGAUGCAUGUGCGAGUUCUCUGCUAGACCUACUACAGAAGAAGGAGUAUCUGUGUGGAAGUGUACUUGAAAUCACUCAGAUAGGGACGCGACUUAUACCGGAGUGGGGUGUGGAGCCGCCGGCUGGCAAGGGUUCGGGACAGGACCUAGAUGAGAAUUUCAUGACGAACAUGCUGCAGCCUAUCAAAGAAAAGUUAGAUGUGGAGAAGGCAAAGGCUUGAGGAUGCAUAUUUGGAAGGGUUCAGAUGGAUCACGUAUAGGGAGAUACAGCAUUUAUAAACCGUGGCAAGCUCUCGACCGAACUCUCGCUACCAAGUUGGAACAAGCCCACACAAGUGAGGUGUGUAAG